AUGUUCGGCCAUGAUACCAUCAUUACCAAGGCUCAGAGCGCUAUGCAAGAGCUGCCCAACCCACCACCAACACCCAAGAAGCAAGUCGAGCCUUCCAAGUGCCAGCAGUCAUCUAAAAACUUUAAGCGGAGGAGGCUACAGACUGGCAAGGUAGCCUUUGGAAAAAUCGAACGUAGAGCCAGAGAGGCGAGUGAGGGUGUACAUUCCUAG